GCAUUGGAGAUCGUAUUCUAUAGUGAGGGUAUUCUAUGGGGUUGGGUUUGGGAACAUCGAAGUUGAAAAAGAUAGAGAGCUCGAAUUGGGGUUACAAUUUUGAAUAAAACUACACGAAAAAGCGCCGUAAAGAAAUUACACCAAAAUAUUCAGUUUUAAGGUUAGGAUGGCGGAGAUAGAUUAUCAAAUGGCCCUUUUACUCCAACACCGAUUCGAACAGGAAUAUAAAGCAUCCAGGAACGCGCAGAGCUCAGACGAGCAGUUGGCCCGACAACUUCAAGAGCAGUUUGAGCAAGAAGAAGCAGUCGAAAGACCAAAGUCCGAUUUGGUUUAUGAGCCUCCAAUAUCUGAGCACAAUACUUCCAGAUCACUAGUAGAUCCUUCUUGGGAGCUCGUAGAUCCCACUCCUGACAUUCAUAAUUUGUUUAUGGUUUUUAAUCAACGGUUUUUCUGGAAUAAAUUGUUAGCUGUGUGUGUGGCUUGGAGCAAACGAAUGACUUCUUGUGCUGGUAUUUGCGCAUACAAUGGUAGAGGAGGAAUGUGUAGGAUAACUUUGAGCGCACCUCUCCUUAAGUUAAGACCCAGGAAAGAUUUGGUGGAGACACUUCUCCAUGAAAUGAUUCACGCAUUUUUGUUUGUUACUCACAAUAAUAGGGACCGAGAUGGUCAUGGGCCAGAAUUCCAUAAACACAUGUAUAGGAUUAAUAAAGCAGCAGGCACAAAUAUUACUGUUUACCAUAGUUUUCAUGACGAAGUUCGGUUAUACCAACAACAUUGGUGGCGUUGUAAUGGCCCUUGCCAACACUGGAAACCUUAUUUUGGUAUGGUGAGAAGGGCCAGUAACAGAGCUCCAGGUCCAAAUGAUAGAUGGUGGGGAGAUCACUUUCAGCGGUGCGGUGGCACAUUUGUCAAAGUAAAAGAACCUGAAAAACGUACUCAGAAGCAAGGAAAACCAGAACAGAAAAACAUAGUAAGUGAUACGAAAUCUAAAGAUAUUAGAAAUUUUAUGGUCCCAAGUAGUACAAGUUCGAGUGUUAGUAAUGUUAAAGGGUUCAAAGAUUUAACAACUAAAGUUCAGGGCAAAUAUAACUCCUCUAGUACCAUAGUCGUUACCAAAAAUACUAAAACUAAUAGUGAGACUAUUUAUAAACCGACUGUAUUUAACGCCACUACUACGGGUGCUACUGUUAAAAAGACUGAAACUAACAAUAGAGUAGACACAAGUACAACCAAUGAGUGUACUGGAGAUUUUCUUGCCGUUAGAAAUCAUUGGGCAAACAAGUUUGGUAAUACUAGUAAGCCCAAUAAUAAGCGGCCAGCUCAAAGUGAACCAUCUACCAGUUCCAAAAUUCAGAGGGUACCCAACUCAGUUCCUCCCGAUGAUUUUUGUGAUUGUCCAGUGUGUAAUAAAAAAGUCUUAUUGUCAGAACUAAAUAACCAUUUAGAUAAAUGUUUGUGUGAACCAUCAAAGGCCACAGAACCAGAAGUUCCAGGUUCUUCCAAAGAAGAAACGAACGAAUGUCCUGUUUGUAAUACACAAAUUAAAUGUUCUCUUUUCGAUGUUCACGUUGAGCAGUGUGUGAAGAGAAUUUACGAUGGAGUAGAAGAAAAAUUAGGGAACAAAGAAUCUCCGGAAACGAUCUCGUGUUUAGCGUGUGGGAAGAAAAUACUUAAAACAAAUCUGAGUAUACACUUGGAGGAUUGUAUGAUCGAUAUUUUCGAUGUAGAUUUUGACGAGGCAAAGGAAGAAGUGAAGAAUAGUGUCGAUACGGACGAUAAGCAAACCAAAUCGGAGUUUAAUUGCCCUUUUUGUAUGAAGUUGGUAAACGAAGCAGGAAUGAAGCAACAUCUUGAUAGCUGUCUACAAGCUGAUAGUGCUGACAUAGUGGAGUCUUUGGUGGACGAUGCCUUUUAAGUUGUUUACAUUUUUACGAUUUUUGAUACUUUAAAUACAUUUAUUUUUUAGAAAA